CGCCUCCGGGACCUGCGGGUCGCGCGUGAGAUGGAGAUAAGAGGUCUGGACUUCUGAACAUCUACCAGGAAAGAUGAGAUGAGCAAGACCUUCAGAAUGCUGCAGAGGUUGGGGCUGAACUGAAGCAGGAGAGAAGAGAUGCUGGUCUGAGGGGUGACCCAGAGAUCUGAGCUCCUUGGGAGACUUACAAGCUCAAAAUGUCACCAGAUCAAUAUGGAACAGGUUGACCAGCUCUCCCAGACUGAAGGAGUGAGGAGUCCCCGGCGUGCAGUAGAGACUUGCUAGGGGAGAUGUCAGCGUGGACCAUGGGCACCCAAAGGCUGGACAAGCGAGGAAGUUUCUUUAAGCUCAUUGACACCAUUGCCUCGGAGAUUGGAGAACUGAAACAGGAGAUGGUCCACACCGAUGCCAGCCUGGAGAACGGCCUGGGACCUCCCGAAACCCACAGCAUGGUCAGACACCAGGAGGACCCCUGCCCCGAGGACAAGGAGGUGAAGGGUGGCCCAAGGGACUCUGGCUACGACAGCCUGUCUGGCAGGCUCAGCAUCCUGGACCGGCUUCUGCACACGCACCCUGUCUGGCUGCAGCUUGGCCUGAGCGAAGAGGAGGCAGCUGAGGUCCUGCAGGCGCAGCCGCCCGGGAUCUUCCUGGUACGCAAGUCCACCAAGUUGCAGAAGAAGGUGCUGUCCCUGCGCCUACCCUGUGAGUUCGGAGCCCCGCUUAGGGAGUUCGCCAUCAGGGAGAGCGCAUACACCUUUUCCCUGGAAGGCUCGGGAAUCAGCUUUGCAGAUUUAUUCCGGCUCAUUGCCUUCUACUGCAUCAGCAGGGAUGUCCUGCCGUUCACCUUGAAGUUGCCUUAUGUCAUUUCAACAGCCAAGACUGAGGCUCAGCUUGAAGAACUGGCCCAGCUGGGACUAAAUUUUUGGAGCUCCUCCGCUGACAGCAACCCCCCCAACCCUCCACCUCCCCAUAGGCCUCUCCACUCCGCCGGCCUCUGUCCCGCCUCCUGGCGCCAGCUCUGCCUCAUCAACGGGGUGCACGCCAUCAAGCCGAGGACGCCCUCAGAGCUGGAGUGCAGCCAGACCAACGGGGCCCUGUGCUUCAUUAACCCACUCUUUCUACAAGUGCACAGCCAGGACCUCGGGGCCGGCCCGAAGUGGCCCAGUGCAAGGACUCCCCCGGUGAAUGGCUCCGAGAGGCCUCGGUCCCCACCACCCAGGCCUCCGCCACCCACCAUUCAGAGUCUGCACACCAGCCCUCGGCUGUCUGGGACUGACACCCGGCCGGGCAUGCCACAGACAGUCGAGCGGGACACGCAGGAGAACUUAGCCACGCUGGGAAGGAAACCAACCCCCAUUCCUCCACCCCGGCUAAAGAAGCAGGCUUCUUUCCUGGAGGCAGAGAGCAGUGCCAAGACCUUGACUGCCCGGCUGCCCAGCCGGGGCGCAGAGCUGGAGCUGGAGCCGGGCACAGCUGGCAGCACAGGUGGGGCCCCGCCCACGGGGGAUUGCACAAGGGCCCAGCCUCCUCCCGCCUCUGCAGCCCGGCCCCCGUGCCAUGGGGGCAGGCAAAGACUGAGCGACAUGAGCAUUUCCACUUCCUCCUCUGACUCCUUGGAGUUUGAGCGGAGCAUGCCGCUGGAUGGCUACGAGGGGGACACAAACAGCAGCCUGGAGGACUACGAGGGCGAGAGUGACCAGGAGACCAUGGCACCCCCCAUCAAGUCCAAGAAAAACAGGCACAGCUCCUUCGUGCUGCCCAAACUGGUCAAGUCGCAGCUGCGCAAGAUGAGCGGAGUGCUCAGCUCCUUCAUGACCCCGGAGAAGCGCAUGGUGCGCAGGAUCGCAGAGCUGUCCCGGGACAAGUGCACCUACUUCGGCUGCCUGGUGCAGGACUACGUGAGCUUCCUGCUGGAGAACCGCGAGUGCCACAUGUCCAGCACGGACAUGCUGCAGACCAUCCGACAGUUCAUGACCCAGGUCAAGAACUACCUAGCCCAGAGCUCUGAGCUGGACCCCCCGAUCGAGUCGCUCAUCCCUGAGGACCAAAUUGAUGUGGUGCUGGAGAAGGCCAUGCACAAGUGCAUCCUGAAGCCCCUCAAGGGACACGUGGAGGCCAUGCUGAGGGACUUCCACAUGGCUGAUGGCUCGUGGAGACAGCUCAAGGAGAACCUGCAGCUUGUGCGGCAGCGGAACCCUCAGGAGCUGGGGGUCUUCGCCCCAACACCUGACUUGGUGGAUGUGGAGAAGAUCAAGGUCAAGUUCAUGAUGAUGCAGAAGAUGUAUUCGCCAGAGAAGAAGGUGAUGCUGCUGCUGCGGGUGUGCAAGCUCAUCUACACAGUAAUGGAAAACAACUCGGGGAGGAUGUACGGCGCUGAUGACUUCCUGCCAGUCCUGACCUACGUCAUAGCGCAGUGUGACAUGCUGGAGCUGGACAUCGAGAUCGAGUACAUGAUGGAGCUCCUGGACCCGUCGCUGCUGCACGGAGAAGUCCAGUACCAUGGAGAACUCACCUGUCCUCCCCUUCCAGGAGGCUACUAUCUGACCAGUGCCUACGGAGCCUUGUCCCUCAUCAAGAACUUCCAGGAAGAGCAGGCGGCACGGUUGCUCAGCUCUGAAGCAAGGGACACGCUCAGGCAGUGGCACAAGCGGAGGACCGCCAACCGGACCGUCCCUUCCGUGGAUGAUUUCCAGAAUUACCUCCGGGUGGCAUUCCAAGAAGUGGGCAGUGGGUGCACGGGCAAGACGCUACUCGUGAGGCCCUACGUCACCACGGAGGACGUUUGCCAGCUCUGUGCUGAGAAGUUUAAGGUGGACAACCCAGAGGAGUACAGCCUCUUCCUCUUCGUGGAUGAAACAUGGCAGCAGCUGGCAGAGGACACUUAUCCUCAAAAAAUCAAGGCCGAGCUACACAGCCGGCCACAGCCCCAUGUCUUCCACUUUGUCUACAAGCGAAUCAAGAGUGAUCCUUACGGUGUCAUUUUCCAGAAUGGGGAUGAAGACCUCAGCCCUUCAUAGAGGGCACACAGGACUUCCGGUUGGUGCACCCCACAGGUUGCUGGGAGCCCAGCCUGGCUGCCAAGGGCUUGAGCUUGGAAGGCGGUCACCUCCUUGAGGACAACCUCGGGUCAGGGACUUAGCCAUCCACCGGCUGAGUUGGCCAAAGGCCUCAGUAGCUGCAUUACCCAGGAAACAACCCAGCAGGAUUCCCCUCAGUAAUGAAGAACCACAUUUGAUGGUUGAAGCGUCCUGAGGGUGGCUGGUUCUAGGCUGGCUGACGUGUAUGGGUACAUGCUGGGUGACACAUAAGGUACAUGCUCCCCUCUAGUGUUCCAUAGAAGGUGUUUGACAAGGCUGUCCAGUGCAGUGAGUCAGGUGCUCCUCAGGUCUGUGGGUGGCUCCAUCUUUUCCUUCCUUUCUCUUUCUUCCUUUCUUCUUCUCCUUUUUUUUUUUUUUU